AGCUUUUUUCUAGCUGAAAAAGAGAGAGAGAGUGAGAGAGAGAGUGCGACAAAAAGAAAGGAGUGAACGAAAGAACGAGGAGGUGUGUACAUGUAUGUUGGUGCCCUGCCAUCUCAGCCUUUGUCACUGCGGACCAUGUGGUUUGUGCCGAGGAGAAACCGGCCCUGCGUUGCCGCCGCCGCCGCACACCGUCAGGCCUUCCAUGGUGGCCUUGCUAGCUGUAGCAUUAGCAGCAGCAGCAGGAGGAGGAGGAGUGUUGGCGGGACUACGAGGCCCUGCGCAACGUUCGCCACGUCAAUGUGGAUAUUACCGCUAUUGAUCCUCAGCUGGUGCUCGGCGUUCGCGCGGGCCCAGAGCUAUCAUCAGCCCAUCGCGAACACCAAUUAUGGCAAGCUGAGAGGGGCGCGCGUCCCGCUGCCCAGCGAGAUUCUGGGGCCCGUGGACCAAUACCUGGGAGUUCCCUACGCGGCGGCCCCUACGGGGGAGAAACGUUUCCUGCCCCCCGAGCCGCCCUCUUCCUGGUCGGGCAUCAAAAACGCCACCCACUUUGCCCCCGUGUGCCCCCAGAACAUCCACAACGCAGUGCCGGAGAUCAUGAUGCCCAUCUGGUUCACCUUUAACCUGGAUAUAGUUGCCACCUACAUACAGGACCAGAACGAGGAUUGUUUGUACUUGAAUAUCUACGUUCCAACUGAGGAUGUCAAAAGAAUAUCCAAGGAAUGUGCCAGAAAACCCAACAAGAAAAUAUGUAGAAAAGGAGGGUCACAUGCGAAAAAACAGGGAGAGGACUUGUCGGAUAACGACGGUGAUGAAGACGAAGACAUCCGAGACCAAGGUGCCAAGCCCGUCAUGGUGUACAUUCACGGAGGCUCCUACAUGGAGGGCACGGGGAACAUGAUCGACGGCAGCGUGCUGGCCAGCUACGGGAACGUCAUCGUCAUCACGCUCAAUUUCAGAGUUGGAGUAUUGGGCUUCCUGAGCACAGGUGACCAGGCCGCCAAGGGGAAUUAUGGGCUGUUGGACCAGAUCCAGGCGCUGCGCUGGAUCAGCGAGAACAUCGGCUACUUCGGCGGCGAUCCCAAACGCAUCACCGUGUUUGGCUCCGGCAUCGGAGCCUCCUGCGUCAGCCUGCUCACCCUGUCCCAUCACUCCGAAGGCCUAUUCCAGAGGGCUAUCAUCCAGAGUGGCUCAGCUCUCUCCAGCUGGGCCGUCAACUACCAGCCCGUCAAGUACACACGCAUGCUGGCCGAGAAGGUGGGCUGCAACGUGCUGGAUACCAUGGACAUGGUGGAGUGCCUGCGCAAGAAGACCUCCCGCGAGCUGGUGGAGCAGGACAUCCAGCCGGUGCGCUACCACGUGGCCUUCGGGCCCGUCAUCGACGGCGACGUCAUCCCCGACGACCCCGAGAUCCUCAUGGAGCAGGGCGAGUUCCUCAACUACGACAUCAUGCUGGGCGUCAACCAGGGCGAGGGGCUGCGUUUCGUGGAGAACGUCGUGGACUCGGAGGACGGCGUCUCGGGCAACGAUUUCGAUUUCUCCGUCUCGGACUUCGUGGAUAGUCUGUACGGGUACCCAGAGGGCAAGGACACGCUGCGGGAGACGAUCAAGUUCAUGUACACGGACUGGGCGGACCGCGACAACCCGGAGACACGGCGCAAGACUCUGGUGGCGCUGUUCACCGACCACCAGUGGGUGGAGCCCUCGGUGGUGACGGCGGACCUGCACGCGCGCUACGGCUCUCCGACGUACUUCUACGCCUUCUACCACCACUGCCAGAGCCUGAUGAAGCCGGCCUGGUCGGACGCGGCGCACGGCGACGAGGUGCCCUACGUCUUCGGGAUCCCCAUGAUCGGCCCCACCGACCUGUUCCCCUGCAACUUCUCCAAGAACGACAUCAUGCUCAGCGCCGUGGUCAUGACCUACUGGACCAACUUUGCCAAGACUGGGGAUCCCAACAAGCCGGUCCCCCAGGACACCAAGUUCAUCCACACCAAGGCCAACCGCUUCGAGGAGGUGGCCUGGUCCAAGUACAACCCCCAGGAUCAGCUCUACCUGCACAUCGGCCUCAAGCCGCGGGUGCGCGACCACUACCGCGCCACCAAAGUGGCCUUCUGGAAACACCUGGUGCCGCACCUCUACAACCUGCACGACAUGUUCCAUUACACCUCCACCACCACCAAAGUCCCGCCGCCCGACACCACCCAGAAUUCCCUCUCCACCAAGCGAGCCGGCAGUCCCGGCUCCAACAACAACAACAAGGCGUGGCCCUUCAACACCAAGCGGCCGCCCCUGUCGCCGGCCUACAACAGCGAGGCUGGCGGCGAAGAGGCCACCGGCCCGUUGGUCGAGGGCAACCCGCGCGACUACUCCACCGAGCUGAGCGUGACCAUCGCCGUGGGCGCCUCGCUCCUCUUCCUCAACGUCCUGGCCUUCGCCGCGCUGUACUACCGCAAGGACAAGCGCCGCCAGGACUCGGUGCUGCAGCAGGGGAGCCCCGGCCAACAGCGGCAGGCCACGGCCAACGACAUCGGGCACCACGCCACGCCCGACGAGGAGAUCAUGACGCUGCAGAUGAACCAGACGCACCACGAGUGCGAGGCCGGACCGCCGCCCGGGAUGGGAGGAGGAGGCGGCGGAGGAGGGGGAGGCGGCGGCAUAGGGGUCGGGGUCGGAAUUGGCGCGGGCGACCCCCUGCGCUUGGCGUCGUUACCCGACUACACGUUGACGCUGCGGCGCUCGCCGGACGACAUCCCGCUCAUGACGCCCAACACCAUCACCAUGAUCCCCAACUCGCUGGUGGGCAUGCCCAACCUGCACCCCUACAACACCUUCACGGCCGGCUUCAACUCCACCGGCCUGCCCCACUCGCACUCCACCACCCGCGUAUAGCUUUAAGGAGCCCAGAGAACGAGAACGAGAACGAG